CUCAUACCCCGCAGGAUUCACGCAGAGCCACGCAGGAGGGAGAACCGCAGAAACCUCCCCCCCCACUCCUUCCUCAUGGACCUGAUUCUGCUCCUCCAGCAAGGAACCAUGACCACGUCUGAGUGAAGAAGGAGAAGAAGGGGAAGAAGAAGGAGAAGAAGAAGGAGAGGAGCUCUUCCACCCAGAGGAGCCUUGUGAGAGCCUUGUGAGAACAUGCUUCCUGUGAGAACAUGCUGUCUCCUGCUCCUGAGCCUCCUGCUGCUGGCCUCCUCCACCCGGAGUCUGGCUCCUCCACCCGGAGCAGGACUCGACUUCCUCCAGGAUAUUUUACACUUUUAUGGAGAAAACGCGUCUAUUUCCACGCAGGACCUGAAGGAUCUGCUGCUGCUGAUCUCCGCCCGCAGGUCCGAGUCCGUGUUCCUGCACAAUCCUCUGGAGAACCAAGAAUGUCUCUCAGCCGAGCAGAUCUUGUCCCGGUUCGGGAUCAGAAAUGUCAGUCAGCUGAAUGUCGGACAUCUGGGGACGAUCUGUCCGGCCGUGUUGACCCAGGUGCUGCUGCCCUCCUGCCCCUACUCUGAGUCCGAGACCCUGGCGUCGGCCGACUACUCUGUGUGGGGUUACGGGUUCCUGGCCGUCACCGUCAUCAACCUGGCGUCUCUGCUCGGCCUCCUGCUGAUUCCAUUCACCAAGAAGUCCUACUUCCCCAAAGUGCUGACCUACUUCAUCGGCCUGGCCAUCGGGACGCUGUUCUCCAACGCCGUCCUUCAGCUCAUACCAGAGGCCCUGGGCUUUGAUCCCAAACGAGACAACUAUGUGGGGAAUGCAGUGGGAAUAUUCGGAGGCUUUUAUCUCUUGUUCUUUGUGGAGAAGAUUCUGAAACUGGCUCUGCGGAUGGAUCACGAGCACGGCCACAGCCACUUCGCUCCUGCAGAGUCGACUCAGGAGAACUCCCUUCAGAAUGGAGACAUAACAGAAAAGAGUGACGCCAUCAUUCUGACUGGAAUCAGCACCAUCGCCUUAGACAAGCGCAGCCUGAGCCGAGAUUCUCAGGACGCCCAGGACUCGGGUGUGAUGUGCCAGUGGCUGCGUGGGAAACGCGUCUCUCACAUCAAGACGGUGGCGUGGAUGAUCACGCUGAGCGACGCGCUGCACAACUUCAUCGACGGCCUGGCCAUCGGGGCUUCGUUCACCGUGUCCAUCCUGGCCGGGUUCAGCACGUCCACAGCCAUCGUGUGUGAGGAGUUUCCUCAUGAGCUGGGAGACUUUGUGAUCCUGCUGAACUCUGGCAUGAGCAUCCCACAAGCCAUUUUCUUCAAUCUGCUGUCGGCGGUUUCGUGUUACGUCGGCCUCGCGUUUGGAAUUCUGCUGGGCAGCAACUUUGCCCCCAACGCAAUCUUUGCCAUCGCGGGAGGAAUGUUCCUGUAUAUUGCGCUGGCGGAUAUGUUCCCAGAGAUGGACAACAUCGCCCGGGAACAGCGCCGGACUUCCGACAAGAUCGUUUUCUUCCUGAUCCAGAACGCCGGCCUGCUGACCGGGUUCGCCAUCAUUCUGCUGAUCACCGUGUACGCAGGCGAGAUCAACCUGGGUUAGAGGAGAGGAACACGAACUGGGAAUCAAACAGUCGUGAGCUGCUUCCGUUUCUGCUGACUCGGCUCCCUCAGUGAAUGUGAAGGGAAUGUUUUGUACAAAGAAAACUAAAUGUGUAAAGGACUUUUUGUUAAAAAAUCUUUCUACUGUUGAUUUAGUAAAAUGUUUACUCCAUGAAAGGGAAAAAAAUCUUUACAAUCGUUUGAUGUAUGAAAUCUAGACAAAUUUAUUUUAAGGGGGAAAUAAAUUAUUUUUUUUAGUCUUCAUAUAUUGUGACAUCUGUUCCUUGUGUUGUUCCCGAGCGCUGCUGCUUUGUAAACUAACUUUUAACGAGUUGUUGUGGCAGCAGCCGUUGCUCGGGCUGUUAUGGCAUCAGAGUUUGACCUCUGUGUUUUGAUCCUGGCUCUUUCUCAAGGUCGUAUCGCUGGACUCUUUCAUCUGCAUGUUUCACAGAGUGUAUUCUGCUGCCGACCAAAUUUCAGACACUGGAAAAUGUUCAUAUUUUUGUGGGAAUGAUGCCUCCUGUAGCUCAAAAUACAACUGUCCUAGUUGACCUUUCCUAUGUUCUAUACAGAAGUGUUCCAACAUACACAAAGACAUGGACCAAAAUAUGUCACACACCCGAAAGGCUUAUGUAUCACAUAGGAUUUAAAAAUAAUCAACCACAGGAAAUACAUAUAUAUUUGAAACCAACUGUGAGUCACUCCAAAUUUUUUCCCCAGUGAACAUAGAAAAUAGGAUAUAAAAAAGGUGCCCAAAUAAAAUCAAAUUUUGCUCUUAUUGUAAAUUAGAUUUUAUGAUAUUUUGUGUUAAACAUGACAUCUCUCAUGACCUACUACGAGAAAGAGGUAAGCGAUUAUAUAGUAAAAGAAACAAAGUCUGUCUGUAUAUUUUUCGGGGGACACUGGUGCUUGUCAUGCAGAUUUUUGUUUCAGAUAUUUUUGAAGUUUGAUUUCUUUGGAAAAAAAAACUAAUUUUAGACGUGAUUUUCGUUUUGUGUUUAGUCUCCCAGAUUUUAUUGUGAAAACAAAAAAUGUUUUUCAAAUUGUACCUGGGGGCAUCACAGAAGCUCUUUCCAUUUGUAUGCAUUUUAGUUUAUUUUUUACCAUGUACAAUAAAACGGUGCGUACGGAUUGUAAGAA